GGAACAGCUAUGAAACCAAGCAAAAGAACCAACCUAUGUGUCUUGUAAGACACAGCUAAGCUAACCAAACUCGUAACAGACAAAACAAUGGCGGAACCGGAGACCGAGCUCGGCCUUGAAACUUUUCCCAGGGUCAUAGGUUUCUUGUCUUCUUUGUUGCAAAGAGUAGUGGAGUCGAAUGAUGAUCGCCGGUUGUUUCAGUCGUCGGAGAAGGUGUCGGUUUUUCAUGGCCUCACGAGGCCUACUAUUUCCAUCAGAAGGUAUCUGGAGAGGAUCUUUAAGUACGCCAAUUGUAGCUCCUCGUGCUUCCUGGUUGCCUAUGUUUAUCUCGAUCGGUCCGUGCAGAUGAAGCGGUCUUUGCCUAUCAAUUUUUACAACGUACAUAGGUUGCUCAUCACCAGUGUUUUGGUUUCUGCUAAAUUCAUGGAUGACAUGUAUUACAACAAUGCCUACUAUGCCAAAGUGGGAGGGAUCAGCACAGCAGAGAUGAACAUUCUUGAAUUGGAUUUCUUAUUUGGUUUGGGGUUCCAAUUGAAUGUGGAACCUACAACCUUCCACACCUACUGCACUCUUCUCCAGAGAGAAAUGUGGAUGCAAAUUCAACCCCCUCUGCAACAUCUUCCUCAACCUUCUUCAACCAUUGGGAGGUCCUUGAGGAUCCAUUGUUGUUUAAAUGAAGAUGAAUCCACCCAUCAUCACCGACUUGCAGUUUAAGCCAUUGUUCUUAUGGUCAGGAAUGAAUCGAGGGGUGUAGUAUCCUGAAAAUUUUAAAUUAUCAUAUAUUUUAGAUUUUUAGAUGUAUCUUCUACUGAUAGUCUGUUUUUGUCCUUUGGAAUUUUUAAGUUCAUCCCCUUUUAAAAUUUUAAAAGCUUGUCUUUUAAGAUAAAAUCUUGUGUCCGUCGUGUCUAUGAUUUAUUACAGACAAGACCCCAGAAGAAGAUGUUGGCUCGAGCACACUCAUUGCAGACAUGGAUGUCAAAAAUCUCAUUUGGGAUUCUUUACUUUUCUGUCAAUGUGCUGUAAAAACAUUCCAAAUCUCAUUUCUCGGGGUUUAGUCAUAGUUAACCACAAUUUCCC